AUGAACACCAAGCUGGAGCAGCCACACCUGGAGAUCUACAGCCGGCAUAUGCAGGCCUCAGUGAAAGCAGGACUGGCCACAGAGAAGACUGGCAACCCACUGCUCCAGGGGACAGAAGACCCCCGGGAGAGACCUGAGGAAGAGCUGCCUGACCAUGAGCUUGUGAACCAGACCCCAACAGUGAUGGAGCAUCGCCAGCAGAAACUGGUGCCAUUUACUGGCCACAUUCACAGAUUCCUGACUCUCUCUGCUAUCCAGGCCCGUGUGAUCAGCUUUGUCCGAGGAGCCAGCAUGGAGAGGCCGAGGAGAGAUCUCCUGCUGGAGACGCUGGAGCAGCUGGAGGAGGAGAAGCUCUGGACAUUCAAGGACAAACUGAGUGAAAUCGAGCUGAAGGAAGGAUACGGACGCAUCCCAUUAGCGAGACUAACACAUGUGGAUCCCCCAGCCCUCGCCGACCUGUUGCUCAGCUCCUACGGGGAGGACUAUGGCAUGGAGGUGGCUGCAGAGGCUCUGAGAGCCGUCAGCCAGGGAGACCUGGCAGAGAGACUCGUUGUCCCACCGAGAGCUGGGGGACUCAACCGAGAUGUAGGCUCCAUUGUGCUAGGCACUGCCCUUACACAGAGUAAUGCCUCGGCCACGCUGCAGCGGCACAGCCAUGGUCCUGCAGCUGUGCUGCUCCAGCGCCAGAGUGUAGCCACUGCCUGCAUCGGCAUAAAGGGCUUUCCUGUCGCUAUAGUUACUCUGUCUCUGAGAGACAGUAGCUACACCCUGUUCAUGUUUGAGGAACAGCCGGUGUGGACUUUGCCAUUGCUGUCUGUCCGCAGAGUCAGCAGCCAGUGCGACAUCAAGGAACAGCUGGUGGAGGAAUUUGAUUUGCUGCCACCCCUCAGCCACAGCACCCUGUUCAUGUUUGAGGAACAGCCGGUGUGGACUUUGCCAUUGCUGUCUGUCCGCAGAGUCAAGUGGGUGAAAUCUAAAUUUCCAUGGGGAUUGCGAUCGCUCGAUGGAGGCCUUUACCCUUCUUUCCUCGUGAGAGCAGGAGAAUCGUCAACACCACAGUUAAGCGAAUACGAUGAUGAAGAGCCACCAGGAGACACGGACAGUUCCCAGGCUGCUGCACUGGAAGAAUCAGGAGGAGGAGAAGGUGGCCAGCGGCAGUGCCAGCAGUUCCUCUGUGUCUCGGUUGACCAGCAGCUCUGGCAAGUCCUUGAAAUCACCAGUGAGAAGGUGCAACCUCUUUCCACGGCUCCCACAGCGGAAGGAGCCACAGGAGGAGUAGAGGUGAACAUCAGAGAAGAUUCCACAGCAGGUCAAGGAAGAAAGGACAAAUGCAAAUUAUGUCCAACAGAGGAGGAUCCUCCACAAGAAAUGAUCCCAGAGAUUGUCCAGGGCCCAGAUGGGAACCAGGAGACAUACAGGGUUCACCUCCCCAGGGCAGGCUCGUUCCGUUGCUCUGAAACCGAAUUGGGAUUUGAGGUGAGUGCAGCCGUGACCGUCCAAUACAGAUACGACUCCUGGGAUCAGCAUCUGAGAGAAUGGAGCACCCCUGAAUGGUUGGUGAUUGGCCCUUUGUUCAACAUCCAGGCAGAACCGGCCACGGCCGUGGCAGCCGUUCACCUCCCGCACGUCCUGUGCCUGGCAGGGGGACAGGCUGACAUUUCUCAGAUGCGAAUUGCCCAUGUCACUGAUGUGGGGAUGACCCUGGAGGAGCCAACGGGGGUGAGGCCGUUCCACGCUGUGCUGGAGAACCCCAGCUUCUCCCUGUAUGGAGUUAUUUUUAUCUGUUCGAGUUGCCUGCGAAUUCCAGUCCACUCCCUGGUGCUGAUCUACCAGGCAGUCCGGCUUGCAGACACAACCCUCCACCUCUACCUGAUCCCCAGUGACCGCUCGCUAGAGAAGGCAAUCGGAAAACACGAGGAGAAGCGCCAGUCAGUUUCUGUGGACAAAUCGCCUCAAACCAAUGGGCCCCUGUACUUUGGCACUGAUUAUACGGUGUGCUGCUCUCCAGAGGCAGCGAUAACACCCAAAAAACUGACAUUUUCCUAUACAAGCCGGAAGAAUCGGCAGCCUUUCAUUGAAGUUUACAUCGAGGAGAUGAAGACGAGUGUGCAGCUCAGCGUGACAGAGAGCUCGUCUGAUGACACUUGCUGGGAGGCCACACUGAGACCAGGGGAUGUUAAACGUGCAGACCCAGCAGCAGAACAACACACAGAGGACUGUUUUGUUGACCGGUACAGAGAACAGCUGAUCCAGCGGGUGACGGCAGUGGAUUGCAUCCUGGAUAAAUUGCAUGGCUCUGUUCUAAGUGGAGAGCAAUAUCAGUGGGUGAGAUCUGGGAGCACCAACCCAGAGAAGAUGCGGAAGCUGUAUGAACUAGUGCCGAGCUGGGACACGGCAUGCAAGAACCAGUUAUAUCAGGAGCUGAAGGCCACACAUCGACACCUCGUUGAUGAGCUAGAGGGGAAAUAGUGGGGAGUACCCAGAAGCCAUUGCUACCAGCCAUCCUGGAAGCUAUUCCUGCGUCUCCUGAUUCCAAAGAGUUUCCUGGACAGUUGACAGCUGAUGGACAAUGAUACAAAAUAAAACCUACUAGAUGACUCUGGUUUAAUGCUAACCAGCAGAUGGCGGACUGGGAGCUCUUUGGCGUAGCUCGUCUGAUUU